AUGGAGGACCCUGUUAAGUUCAAAGAAAGGGAACAUACUUCCACGACUACGAGGUGGGGGCCUCCAGCAGUCCUGAGAAGGGGUAACACUCACACAACUAUGGCGGGUGCCUACGUACCACCCGACCUUACGGCGUUCAUUAGAUCCCGUUGUGGUCUGCUUUGCCAGGGGAACCAUAGAAAAAAGAACGUGGAUAUCGAUAAAUUUUGGAAUGAAGUUGAAGGCGAAUCUCUGGAUAUAGAGCAUACCAAAGAAAAAAAACAAUUACAGCUAGACCAGUUGAAAAUAGCUCGUAUUAUGACAAAGGGAACUGAAGAUGGCGUUGGAAAUAUUAUGAAAAAUGUCAAUACGGAGCUGGGCGAACCGAAACCAAAGAGACGGGCUAAUACUGAUGAUAAGUCUUGCACUUCAUCUGCCGGAACUAGUGAUGAAAUGUACAAGAGUGUGGAUGACGAGUCCGAAGAUUCCGAAGAAAGUGAUGAGGAAGACGAAUUGAGGCUAGACGUGGAAGAAAUUGGGUUCGAAGAAUACAUUGACCAAGGGAAUGAACCUGCAAUAAAAACGUUCUCUAGGGAAACGCUCGAAGAUCUCAGAAAGGAUAUUAAACCAAAGUUAAUCGGAAAAGAAAAAGUAUCAAGGGACAUAAAAUCAAUUCUACAGGAUUACAUUGAGGUUGCUCUUGACGAUAAUGAUGGUGGAUUACACGAACUUCGUGAAACUAUCACUGAAUCUUUUUCGAAAGAAUUUAAUUCAACAGCAGAGAAGGAAUUUCUUCGACGAAUGAAGUUUCUCUUUGAACAUCUGUAA